AAGUUCUGGAAGGUUCUGGGCCGGCCCUCAGUCGCUGGCGGGCGGCGGCGGCUGCGGGUUGUUGUUCCCUUCGCGUUUCUAUCGCCCUUCUAUCACCGACCGCGGCCGGCGCAGCGGGCCCGGCGCUAUGGGGGUGACUCACGAAGCGGGGCUCUCCCCUCAGGACCUGUGCGGGGGCAGCCCAGCGGGCUGGAGCCGGAGCGCUCAGGUGCCUCAGGGGAACCAGCGCGGGGCGUGCCCGGCGGCGCCGAGCGGAACAGAGACCGGGCACUGCAGAGCGGCAGCCAAAGGCGAGGCAGGCGCUGGGAGAAGCUCGGCAGGGAGAAGCUCGGCAGGGAGAACGGCCGACGUGACGGAUUUCAUGGAUGACCUGAGCCUGGGCUCUCCCAAGCAGAGGGGAUCCCCGGCCCGCUCCUCCAGCCGCUCCUCCCGCACUUCCAGCUCCAGCAGCUCCUCCAGCCGCUCCUCCCGCAGCUGGAGCCGCUCCCGCUCUCGUUCCCGUGCGCGGCGCUCCCGCCGCUGCUCCCGUUCCUAUUCCCGGUCCCGCUCGCGCUCCCGCGGUUACCGGCGCUACCGCAGCCGCUACCGAUCCCGGCACUACCGGCACCGCUACCCGCGGCACCGCUCCCGUUCCCGUUCCCGGGGCUGUUACCGGCGCUCCUACUCCCGGAGCCGCUCCCGCUCCCGCGGCCGGCGCUACUACGGCUUCGGCAGAACCAUCUACCCCGAGGCGUACCGCAGCUGGAGGAGCCGCUCCCGCUCCCGCAGCCGCUCGCCUCUGCACCUCAGUGAGAAAGACAAGAGGGAACUCCUGGAAAUUGCAAAAGCCAAUGCUGCUAAAGCUCUGGGAACAGACAACAUUGUCCUGCCAGCCAGCCUGAAGAUCUCUGCUCCUGCCAAAGAGAUCAAAACUGAGAAGCAGGAGCGGGAGGACAGCAGGGAGUCAGCUGAGCAACCUGGGAGUGCAGCUGAGGACGUGACCAGGGGUGGCAUGGAGAGAACCACAAUCCAGAGGAGCAUUUCCUUCAGCCCUAAUAACACAAUGGCCAAGCCUGCUCUGCAGAAGCCAGUGAGCCAUGCUGUGGUUAAGGAACCAGUGGUUUCUCCACCCAGGGAGGAUGACAGGAAGGGAAGCCCCUAUGGGCAGUGGGUUCCUGUCAAGAAGGAGGAGAAGAAAACAUUCCUGAACUUCUCACCCAAAAGCUCCCUGUUCAGGGCACGCUGAUGGGAGUCACUGUCAGCCUGCAGCACUUCACACCCCUCAGCACAGAUGGAGACUUCUGAUGGGCUUGAAGAUUUGUUAAUACUGAGUAUUUAUUUUGAGGUCUUAAUUUUUGGAAUCUUAGGUUUCUCUUUCAGAUAGAGAGCACACAGAUCCAGAAGCCACAGAUGGGAAUCUUGUGUAUAUUUGUAAAUAUUUUGUAUUGCUUUAUUGGACUAGAACAUGAAGGUGGGUAACUUUUUUCUAAACCCCAGUUGAGUAGCUGUUCUUUGAACACCUGGAUUUACAUUGUGUAACUGUUUACUUCAAGUGAAUAAAGUUUAGUUUUGCACUGGC